UUCCCCCUCCCCUUCCGAUUUGCUGCUGCUCUCGCUGGUAGUGAUAGUGGUGGUGGAUGUGUGCUUGCGAUGCCGGUUCAGCUGCAUCCCUGAGCAUCUCUCGGGAUCCCUGCAGAGCUUCUUUUCCUCUGUCACCACUCGACCGAGAGCCUCUCCUACUGAGUGCUGCGAGACCUUGUCCUCUGCUGAUAAAAGAUCUGACCUGAAACCCUGCGGUGUCGUGCCUGCAUGGAAGCUGACUGGCGGAGGCUUUCUGUGUAGCGCUGAGGUCACAGAUCAUCAUUCCAAACCAGCAUCAUCGUCUGCAGCCCCAAAGCAGUGCCCUGACUUCACAAGUGCACAGGCCUUCUAUUCAAGGAGCUUGGAGCUGCAGGAAGAGAGAGCGCGAGAGAGAGGGAGAAAGAGAAAAUAAACACAAGUUAAAAAAGAUACUCUUCAUGAAUUCCGCAAAUCCCUGAAAGGCAAAUCCUGCAAGUUGGCUGGAGGUCCUGAGGAGGCAUGUGGACAAUGAGUAUGGCUUGGCUGUGUGUCCCCGCCUACAUUCUCCUGCUUGUUAGUUGCAUUCACACAACUGUCACAGAAAAUGAUGUCACUCCACGUCUCACCUUUUCCUACAAUGUGAAGGAGAGGACAAUCAGAAGUUUUUCAGUCGGUGGAGUCUUCAACUUCACCUCUGUCCUUCUCAGUAAAGAAGACCGCAUGCUGUACGUUGGUGCUCGGGAGAUUCUCUUUGCUCUCAACCUGUCUGAUAUCAGCUCAGUCAAGCUGCAGAGAAAUCUCACAUGGAAAACUCCACAGAGGAAGAGAGAUGAGUGCAGUUUCAAAGGCAAAGAUCUGCGAACGGACUGCUUCAACUACAUCAAGAUUUUACUACGUAUGAACAGCACUCAUCUGUACGUGUGUGGAACAUAUGCCUUCAGCCCCAUCUGUGCUUACAUAAACACUGCAGAUUUCUCCCUCGUCAAGAGUGAUACUGGUGAGAUUGUUACAGAGGAUGGGCGAAGCCGCUGCCCAUUCAACCCUGAAUAAAAGUCCACUGCCAUCAUAGCUGAUGGAGAGCUGUAUACCGGCACAGUCAGUAAUUUCCAAGGAAAUGAGCCCAUCAUUUACAAAAGUCUAAGCCAAGGAACUGCUUUAAAAACAGAAAACUCGCUCAACUGGCUUCAGGACCCAGCGUUUGUUGGCUCUGCCUACAUACAGGAGAGCCUGCCCAAAGGCAACCUGGUGGGUGAUGAUGAUAAGAUUUACUUCUUCUUUAGUGAAGUGGGAAAGGAAUUUGAUUUCUUUGACAACACCAUCGUGUCACGGAUUGCUCGCGUGUGUAAGGGUGACGUGGGAGGUGAGAGAGUUCUGCAGAAGAAAUGGACGACCUUCCUGAAGGCUCAGCUCUUGUGCUCUCUGCCUGAUGAUGGUUUCCCCUUCAACAUAAUCCAAGACAUGUUUGUGCUGACACCCCGCCCUGAGGACUGGAGGAGCACUGUGUUUUAUGGAGUCUUCACAUCUCAGUGGUACAAGGGUGCUUCAGGAAGCUCUGCAGUUUGUUCCUUCACUAUGGACCAAGUGGAAAAAGCAUUCAGUGGGCGAUACCGAGAGGUCAACCGAGAGACCCAGCAGUGGUACACGUACAACCAUCCAGUCCCAGAGCCUCGGCCUGGAUUGUGUAUCACAAAUGCUGCCAGAGAGCAGGGCAUCUCCUCCUCGCUCCACAUGCCUGACAGGGUGCUUAAUUUUGUCAAAGACCACUUCCUGAUGGACAACGUGAUCCGCAGCCAGCCUCUGCUGCUGAAACGUAAUGUUCGCUACACCCAGAUUGCUGUCCAUCGAGUUCAGGCAGCACACAAGGCCUAUAAUGUGCUCUUCAUUGGCACAGAUGAUGGAAGACUUCAUAAAGCCAUUAACAUCAACAGCAAGAUGCACAUCAUCGAGGAGCUGGUGCUUUUCCGGGAUUCCCAGCCCGUGCAGCACAUAGUGCUGGACACUGAAAAGGGUCAGCUUUAUGUUUCCUCUUUCUCGGAAUUGGUGGAGGUCCCAGUAGCGAACUGCUCUAAUUAUCAGAGCUGCGGGGAAUGCAUCCUCUCCAGGGAUCCUUACUGUGCCUGGAAUGGGAGGCAGUGUGUGGAUGUCAGACAAGCUUCAGCAAGAAGUGCUUGGCAACAGGAUGUAGAUGAAGCAGACACAUCAGCUAUUUGCAGCAAGACAGUGCCAAACCCACGGUUUGCUAAACCUCCACCUACACGAAUGUCUUCAUGCCAGGUGAUCAUUAUCCCAGCCAACACGUUCAAAGUACUGCCUUGCAAAUUGCGCUCUAAUUUGGCUGAAAGGAAGUGGGAGUUCAGCAAGAGUGCGGGUCACUUCCAUUACCCCAGCCCGGAAGGAGAGCUGGUCGUGGUAGCUCAGGCUGACAAGCAGGAAACCUAUGAGUGCUGGUCAGUGGAGGAAGGAUUCAAAGAGUUGCUGGCAAACUACUGUGUGAGGGGCGAGGCCAAGCAGGAGAGCACCACCCUGACAGGCCACUCGGCUACGCCACACAUCUCCCAGGAGGAGUUCAUCAUCCUGCCAGGGGAAACCCGCUCACCACGGAUCAACACUAAGACCUACUGGAACGAGCUGAUCGUGGUGUGUGCCCUUCUGGCAUUUUCCCUGGUGGUCUUCUCUUUAUUUGUGAUUUACAGGAACCGUGGCCACAUGAAGUCCAUGCUUAAGGAGGGAGAGUGCCCCAACAUGCAGCAGAAGAAGCCCAGAAUAGUAGGGAAGCCAGCUGAGAAUUUGCCACUUAACGGCAACACGGUCACAGCAUCUGUAUCAGAUCACAAGGGCUACCAGACCCUAAAUGACAACUACAUCUGCAGCACUCCACCACACGAGUGCUCAUCGCCUGACAACAGCAAGAGCUUCUCGGAGUCAGACAACAGGCCUCUAAACUUUAAAGAGAGCCGUGUGGAGAUUUCUCCCACAUGCCCACGGCCACGAGUCAGACUGGGCUCUGAGAUUAAGGAUUCUAUAGUGUGAGGCUGGCUUCAUGUUACAUGGAGCGACUCAUCCAUACUGAAAGGAAGGAGUGCACUUGUUUUAGAAAGACAAACUCAUAUAAGGAGAGAAAACUGAGGGACAUCAGACUCUUCAUGGAGAGACACGUCAUCAAACAGAUUUUGCACUUUGACUUUUUUUUGUUCUGUCCCUGUGGUCCAUGUUCAUUUAAUUUUAUUUUCCUCUCACUGCCCCUAAUUCAAGUGCAUUGAAAAGAACACUGAAGACUUUCCAGCUUGCCUUCAGACUUGUCUGUGAGCCGUGUUCACACGCGAUUCACAGGAAUAUAACAAGCAUAGAGGUGGCAUCUCAACCGUAAUCCAGUGAUUGAAUAGCACUGCCUCUCAGUCCGUCCAUGUAAUAUAACAAUGAUGCUUUGGAAGGUUAGUGGGAUAUUCAAACAUGGUCCCACUAACAGCUGACAGUGUUUGCUGUUUUAUUUUAAUUCUGUCACCCGGUAAGAGCCUACUCUCCACUGUGGCUAUGCACUAUGUACUGUACUGUAGCAAAGUAAGCACUCACGCCACAAUAUACCCAAAAAAGUCAGUGGCAGGCAAGACAGGAAAAAAGAGGUCCUGUCACACCAUUCACACACAUUGUUUAGGCUGAAAUAUAACAAAGAAACCCAGAAAGAACUCAGAGAAGAAGAGCUGAGCUGACAGGUUGAGAAGGUUGAUUUAUAUUGCCAAGUGAAAGAAAACACAAACAACAGACCUCAGCACAAAUGUUAUAGAAACUCUCACCACCUCACUCACUACACACACACACACACAUGCACAAAGGAUUAUAUAAGGAUAAAUGAAGACUCAAAUCUGCUUUUUUUAAAUGUCGGUAUUAUUAGUGGAUACAAAUAUUGUUCUGUGGGAGCCUGACUUUGAACAAAUGUGAUAAAGCUCAUUCCAGGUAUUAUCAUGCUGUUCUUCAUGAGGCAGGCGGUCUAUGCAAAGCAAAUAAUGUGAAGUGGGGGUAAACAGAGAAAACCUCACCUCAAGACUGAGUAAGCACAAAGGUGUUGGUGCCAUUAAUUAAUCUUAUGAUCUGUGGCACUGCAAACACUCCCCCCCACCCCACACACACAUGUUACACUAACUGUAAGUAUGCAAGAGAUUUUAGCCAUUUUUGUGUAUUUUAGGGAGACAGAUCAUGAAACUAACAGGUUGGCAUCACAAAAAUACAUGAGACAAGGGUCCAGCAUAGUCACAUAAACCUGUGGCUGUUAAUUUAGCAACACAAUAAAUGAUUAUAAAUAUAUGAUUAUGUGGCCAUUUUUUUUUUCUUUUCUUGUGACAUUUAGUUAACAUUGUCAGGCUUCAUUCUUUAAAAUAUCUGGCACUGUUCUCAAAGGGAAACAACGAUAAAUAUUUAAGUACUUCACAUGUGAUUUAAUUAACACACACCUGUAUAGCCUCAAAGUGAUGGGUGUUCAUGAAUGAAAGAAAAUUCUCUCCGCUUGCUUAAAUGGUUUCAGAGGUAACCAUAAAGGCAAUAACUCAUUUUCAUCCAGUAAUAAACAUAAGAAUUGUGCAUUUACACUGAUGACCCAUAUCCUUGUUCAGAAGAUAACUGCAGUGUGACACAAAAUUACAAAUUUCACAAAAAUGCAGGAAAGCAUGUUGCCUGACUCAGAAAGCACAAGAUUUGCACAUGAUGUUGAAAAGCCUUAGUACAAUGCAGGUUAUGGAUCCGAUAACAAAUCUGCCGGGCGGGGGGGGGGGGAGGGCAGAUAAUCAAGAGAUGUGCCUCCUGGGAUAAUGAGCUAACCCCAUAGUAGUGCUGGAGUCAGACGCUACACUGCAGGCACAACAGGACUGGCCAUGCUCAAAAACAUAGAACACAUGUAAUAUACUACUGUCUACAUUGUACAGUAUGUGCUCACGAGGUGUUUUCUUGUUUUAUGUUUUGCUAUAGUGGCUUCAACCUCAGUCAGGGACAACAAAUUUUAUUCUUAAAUUGUAACAUAAAUAACCACUGGCUGAUUUUUGAAAUACUGAAAUAUAGAUUAGUAUUAUGUUACCUUUCUUGUCAAUGGCACUGCAGAAAUGAAUUUCAAAUCUUUCACGCAGUAUGGAAAUAAAUCCUGCUUAGACUGUUAUUAAAAUCAUACACAAAAGGCAGCUUUUGGUAAAGUGGCUGUCAUCAGAACAAUAUUACAUUUGCUAAGUGCAGAACAAAAAUAAAGUGGCAGUGAUUUAGUUAAAUAUGUGCAGGUACUGAACAUGCUUUUUAAAAAACAAAAACAAAAACAAAGUAUUGUCAUCUGCUCUCUCAUAAUAAACCACUAUUUCAGACCUAUUUCUGACAAUUGCUCUGAAUUUGUCAACAUGUAUUGUAAAUUGUUUUUAUGUAAAACCGUUUUGUAAAUUCAGCUGCCAAUGUAAAAAUGUUGUGAACUGUA